AUCUGGAUCAUGGCACUGCAAAUCAUCAGCGUGCUUCUUUUCACUGUGUUUUUCUCCAAAGCACUGACACUGGUGUGUUACAACUGUCUCACACUAGUUCCACCUGGAACAUGCAAACAAACUGCUAACUGUUCUUCAAACGUAGGAUGCAACUCCAUAACCAUAUACAAUGGCAGUAACAUUGGUAAUAAUAAUUGGUGCGCAAAUUCUUCCUCAUGUGAUAAUUGGAGUAUAACUCUUGGACGGAUCAGGAGGUCUUCCCUAUGCUGUACUUCAGAUCUCUGCAACAAAGCUACAGCUUCAGACUCAGAGAAUGGACUGAUGUGUUACACCUGCAAUGACAUACAUUGCUCAAACACACAAACACAAAAAUGUAAAGGUGAAGAGAACCAGUGCAUCACUACAACAGUAAAUGUCAACAACAUCAUUUCAAAAGGAUGCGCAAGCCAAAACUUCUGUAAGAACAGUACGCUCUGGAGAAAUGCACUAUUGAGCAGUAUAGUAGGGAAUAGUAUACUACCAAACAAUGUACUAUUGAACAAUUCACAAUUCCAGCAGCUGUCCAUGUCUUCUGUUUCAUGUUGUGGAGCAAACCUGUGUAAUAAUGCCCCAAGUAUGGCACAGGAAGCUGUGUUGCUGCUAGUACCAGUCCUUUCAUCCUUUCUUUCCAUCUGAGAUCUGUUUUAAGAUGAUUUGUUUUUUUUUUUUUUUUAGUCUGUGGAUGCUUGUCUUUGUAAAUGCAAAGCAGUUUUAAAGGAUUAGUUCACUUUCAAAUUAAAAUUUCCUGAUAAUUUAC